UAUGAUAAAAUUUGAAGGUGCACUUUAAUUGGAUUGUUUAAGGUUGCAACCUUAUAGAAACCACACCUUUUACAUAUUGUUUUAGUUGUCUUCGAGCUUUAAAUGUCAUUUACAUGUUGUUUUAGUUGUCUUCAGAAUGACAUCUUAUUUACAAUGCCAGAUUUGGACUCUGAAAAAAGGCGAUUUUGUUGAUGUUAAUCUUGCUGGUGUAUACUCAUUUACUAUAGUUCUAGGAUGUAUGGUGUAUUUGUGAUAUCAAUCUUCCUAUAUAUAUACUAUUGUAUCAGAAGGAUGCUAAUUGGCUGUAUAGUUCAUUUGGCUUUAUGUACAUUGUGGGUUUUUGGGUGCUUUCAUUGCCUCCUAGUCGAGUGCACCUUGAGGACUUCAAGUAAGUACCAAAUGACAAAUUUGUCAACAAUUUGGAGGUUUUUGGGGUGCUUGCAUUGCCUCCUAGUCAAGUGCGCUUUGAAGACUUCAAGUAAGUACCAAAUGACAACAAUUUGGACCAAUAUGCUACAAGUAUAUUUUGACCAAAAUGCAACAAGUAUGUGAUGAGUUGUUACACUGAGUGUCAUGGUAGUUUGAGUAAAUUGCUUUGUAAUUUACAAUUUAUGGUUGUAUAUGUUAUUGCUUAAACUGAUUCACUGAAUGAAGUAAUGUUGUUAUUUCAUGCAAUAUAACUUGGGGAAAUAAAAAGAACACCGAAGGCAUAGAAGUUCGAAGGAUCAGGCUUUGGAAUUCUUACCUCUGUGGUAUCGGUAUUGAUGAGAGUGAGUUGUUGAAUCUUAGCCUCUUAGGAAUUGAAUGAUGGAAGUCAAUGGUCCUAGAAAAUCAAGGAGAAGAGAUCACACUGUUGGAGCAAACCACGAGAAGUCAAAUGAUUUAGAAGAUUUUGAUCCCUGGACUGCAUGGGCAUAUAGACCUCAUACCAUAUCCUUGUUGCUCAUUGGGGCUUGCCUUCUUAUUUGGGCGAGUGGGGUUCUUGAUCCAGAAAAGGUAUCAGAUUAUGGUCGAGUAAUGCAUGUGACAAGGGGUGUUUGGGCAAUGAUUGCUGUCUUUCUGGCUUACUGCUUGCUUCAAGCCCCUUCAACGAUACUUAUUCGGCCACAUCCCGCUAUUUGGCGAUUGGUUCAUGGAAUGGCAGUUGUGUACCUUGUGGCCUUGACAUUUUUGCUCUUUCAGAAACGUGAUGAUGCUCGGCAAUUUAUGAAAUUUCUCCAUCCUGAUCUGGGUGUUGAACUUCCAGAACGAUCAUAUGGUGCUGAUUGCGGUAUCUAUACACCCGAGAACCCAACAAGCAGGUUUAAUAAUGUUUAUGAGACUUUGUUUGAUGAGUUUGUUCUAGCUCAUAUUUUUGGUUGGUGGGGAAAGGCUAUCAUGAUAAGAAAUCAGCCUCUUUUGUGGGUAUUAUCCGUUGGCUUUGAAUUUAUGGAGCUUACAUUCAGGCACAUGCUACCGAACUUCAAUGAGUGUUGGUGGGACAGCAUUAUCUUGGAUAUAUUAAUUUGUAAUUGGUUUGGUAUAUGGGCUGGAAUGCACACAGUCCGAUACUUCGAUGGUAGAACAUAUGAAUGGGUGGGGAUAAGUCGGCAGCCGAAUAUUAUGAGUAAAGUGAAACGCACACUUGGCCAAUUCACCCCUGCACAGUGGGAUAAGGAUGAGUGGCACCCAUUGCUUGGUCCUUGGAGAUUCAUCCAAGUCCUUAGCCUUUGUAUCGUGUUCCUUACUGUAGAGCUGAACACGUUCUUUCUCAAGUACUGCCUUUGGAUUCCUCCUCGCAACCCUGUUAUCGUGUAUAGAUUGAUCCUUUGGUGGCUGAUUGCUUUGCCUACCAUUCGUGAAUACAAUUCAUACUUGCAGGACAGGAAACCAGUUAAAAAGGUUGGAGCUUUUUGUUGGCUCUCACUUGCGAUUUGUAUAGUGGAGCUUCUAAUCUGUAUCAAGUUUGGCCAUGGACUCUAUCUCAACCCGAUGCCUCGAUGGUUGGUUGUCUUAUGGGCCUCGAUUGCUUCUUCCCUCUUAUUAUUCCUGAUUGUUUGGUCGUGGCAUCUCCACAGAUCUUCUCAGAAAAAGGCGAUAUUACGUAUGUGUGCGAGCCUAAGAUGGUUGAGAGAGUGUUGAAGAGGAGCAAGACUGCUCACCAAAUAGGAUAGGAAUCAACUUGAACCUGCAUGCGAGAUACGACCCAAAUGAGGUUGUUCUUUAUCAUGCCAUGGGUUGCACCAAAUCCAUCCCCCAGUAAGCCCGACAUCCACACGUGAUUCAACGCCGUUUCCUUCAUCAUCAUCAUCAUAUCUUCCCAGUUAAUUCACUUUUUGACAUUUUAAAGAGUUAGGGUCGUAAUAUUGGAUAGAAAAUGUAACAUUAGAGAAAUUAUAUUAUCGUUCUGAAAUUCACUCC